AUGCUAUCCUCACCGGCAUCCGUCUCAAAGUUGUUUUCGCUUUCGAGGUCCGCAGCCCGCACAAUAACAUCUCCAACGACCAAGUACUUUGCCCCGAUUUCUGCUUGCCAUCUCUCAACGACUCGAGCAUGUUCAGAAUUUCACUUUGAUACCCAUCAGUUCGUACAACGACUGCAACGAGAAGGGUUGAAUAGACAACAAGCAGAGGGCAUUAUGAGUGCUAUGGCGGAGGUGAUUGAUGAAAGUAUCCGAAAUAUGACGAGUAAUAUGGUCACGAAAGCCGAGCAAGAGAAGCACCACUACACUCAACAAGUCGAUUUUUCACAGCUCAAGUCAGAGCUGAUUUUAACGGAGAAGAAUGACCUGGCUCUCAUCAAAGCAGAAAAUGAUCGCCUAUUGAACGACAUCGAGAAACUUAAACAAAGACUUAGGGAAGAGAUUACCCGGACGCAAGCUGGAGUAAGACUGGAUUUGAAUUUGGAGAAGGGACGUACACGAGAAGAACAGGGGAAACAAGAACUGAAAGUUAAAGAAGUGGAGUAUAAAAUUGAGCAAGAAAUUGCGAGUUUGAGGACCCAUAUGCAAGCUAGCAAAGCGACUACAUUGCAGUAUUUGGUCGGGUUGGUAACGGGUUGUUCGGCGCUGCUCAUGGCAUACUUACGGUUCAGGGUUUGA